UUUAAAAAUACGCAAAAACAUUCGAAGCCAAAUAACAAUAAGACAAAGAAUUGCUGAAGAACAUUCUAGUCGGCGACAUUUUAAAAAAUAGUUGCGUGUUUUGUAAAAUAUUCAGUUUUAUAACAAUUUCUAGCAGUUGAGCGCAACAGUUAGUUCAAGCAAUCGAAAAAUGGCCUGUCCCAUAGACCCAAAUGAAUUGGUCAAACUGAAGAUGUUCAUCGGUUUGUGCGAGAGCCAGCCAGAGCUGCUGAAUCUACCUCAGUUGGAAUUUUUCAAACGAUUCGUUGAAAAGCUAGGUGGCAAAAUUCCAGCAGGCACACCCAACUUUGGUGAAGUACCGAAAUCAAAGCCGGCAUCACAACAGCCAGAGAAAAAAGAAUCUUCUACUAAGGAAGAUUCCGAUCCCGAGUCUGAUGUUGAACUGGAUACAGAAGGCUGUGUAGAGCCGGAUGAUGAACCCGAACAGCCGAUGGGAGAUUCUUUGAAAGAACCGAGUGAAGAUGACAUUGAUCAGGCUAACGAGCUGCGUUCGAAAGCUACUGCAGCCUAUUCCGAACAAAAUCACGAGGAAGCGGUCAAGUAUUUCACAGAAGCAAUUCUACUCAAUCCGAUUAGUGCAUUGUACUAUGCCAAGCGCGGUCAAGUUUAUUUAAAACUGGUUAAACCGAAUGCUUGUAUCCGGGAUUGCAACCGCGCCUUAGAGAUCAAUCCGGACUCAGCAACUGCGUACAAAUUCCGUGGUCGUGCCAAUAGACUCCUAGGAAAGUGGGAAGAAGCGGCCAAAGAUCUUCGUCAAGCUUGCAAAUUGGACUAUGAUGAAGAAGCCGACGAAUGGUUGAAAGAAGUUACUCCGAAUGCUAAAAAAAUUGAGCAGCACAAGUUGAAAUUGGAACGUCGUCGGCAGGAGAAGGAAUUGCGCGAACGUCAAGAACGAGUCCGCAAAGCGCAGGAAGCAAACAAAAAGGCCGCCGAAGAAAGUGCUCGCAAUGACAGUGCUGAUUUUGGUGAUUUCCUUGGAGGUGGUGGCGGCGGUGCUGGAACCGAAGAUAUUCUAAAUGCCUUCAAGGAUCCUGAAGUAGCUGCCGCCCUGCAGGAUAUUAUGUCUAAUCCAUCGAAUAUUGCCAAAUACCAAAAUAAUCCUAAAGUAAUGAAUCUUGUCACUAAAAUUGCUGGACAAGCAUCACAGUCAGGUUUUCCGGGUUUCGGUGGUGGUGCAGGGGCAGGAGGUUUCCCCGGAGGAUUCCCUGGUGCCGGAGCUGGUGGAUUUCCCGGUGGUUUCCCUGGUGCUGGAGCUGGUGGUUUCCCAGGUUCCGGAGCUGGUGGUUUCCCCGGUACGGGAGGCGGCCCAACGGGAGGUCAUAAAACUACGGACGAUUUAGAUUAAUCCUUUUCCGCUGCAUUUAAUUUGUUGUUUGAUGGAUACACCGUUUGCGCUUUUCAAAGAAAUGUCUAUUAUUUUUAACAGGCAGUUUAAUGCCACAUGGAGUUUGUAAUAAAUCUUAUAACUGUAGUACAUGCUGUAGCUUUUCCCGAAGCGUAAUAAUAUUCCAACAUUUAUCUGAUCAAAUAGCGAGUAGGAUUAAUAAAAUAAAAUGUUCCCAGUA